CCGCUCGUCUCCCAUUGUCGCUCGCCCGCUUUCGAGAAGAGGAGAAAGAUUUGGGGUGUUAGGAGACGGGGAACGAAGGGUUUCGAUCGCGAUGAAGCUGACGGUGAAGACACUGAAGGGCACCCACUUCGUGAUCCGGGUUCAGCCCAACGACACGAUUAUUGCUGUGAAGAAAAACAUUGAGCAAGAACAAGGAAAAGACAGCUAUCCGUGGGGGCAACAAUUGCUGAUUCAUAAUGGAAAAGUUUUAAAAGAUGAAACCACAUUGGAAGAGAACAAAGUUAAUGAAGAUGGUUUCCUUGUAGUCAUGCUUAGCAAGAGUAAAGCUGCAGGCUCCAGUGGGUCUUCAUCUGCACAGCCUCCAACAACUUCUGCAGUCCAGCAUCCUGCUCCCAAGGAACCUCCAGCUCAAGUUCCAGUGCAAGUUCCAGCUCAAGUUUCAGCACAAACUCCAUCGCAAGUUCCUGCACAAGUUCCACCUCGAAUUUCAGCAGAAGCUCCAUCACAAAUUCUGGCAUCUGCUGACGCCUAUGGUCAAGCUGCAUCUAAUUUAAUUGAGGGGAGUAAUCUUGAGCAGAUGGUUGGUCAAUUGAUGGAGAUGGGUGGUGGUAACUGGGAUAGAGAGACAGUUUUGCUUGCACUUCGUGUUGCUUACAACAACCCAGAGCGUGCUGUGGAAUACUUGUAUUCUGGUAUCCCAGCAACAGCAGAAAUUGCAGUUCCAGUUGAUCCUUUCCCUUCAUCUCAGGCAUUUGCUCAAGGGGCUGAUUCAACUGAUUUAGCUGCUCCAGGUCAUCCCUCUGGUGCACCAAAUUCCUCUCCUUUGAAUAUGUUUCCACAGGGCAAUAUUAAUACUGGAGUGGGUACUGGUGGUGGAUCUCUCGACUUCCUGAGAAAUAACCAACAGUUCUUAGCUCUGCGGGCAAUGGUUCAAGCAAAUCCACAGAUUUUACAGCCAAUGCUUCAGGAACUAAGCAAGCAAAAUCCUCAACUUUUAAGAUUGAUACAAGAGCAUCAUGCAGAGUUUCUUCAGUUAAUAAAUGAACCUAUUGAAGGGUUUGAAGGGGACAUGUUUGAUCAGGCUGAUCAAGAUGAGAUGCCGCAUACCAUAAAUGUGACAGCUGAGGAACAGGAGGCAAUCCGAAGACUUGAAGCAAUGGGAUUUGACCGAGCACGCGUUAUCGAAGCAUUCCUAGCUUGCGACAAGAAUGAGCAGUUGGCAGCAAACUAUUUAUUGGAACAUGCUGGUGAUGAAGAUUGAAGGGAUUUGGCAUAUGCCAACAUUUUAUCUCUUGAAUGCCACAUGGAUCUCUGUUGAAACCAAGACACCUGAAUGAUGGGAAGGUCUUUCACGCUUCUCUGAUCACCUAAUUGAACCUAUUUCAAGGGUUAAUGACUUGAUACCGAACUUACCGUUUGAGAGAACUGUACUUUGAAUGGAGAGAGAGAGAGAGAGAGGCUGUAGUGGCGAACUCAGAGGGGGCACUUCUAUUUAUUAAAUUCGUUCUGAACAUUUAAUCUUUGGUGAUAAAAAUUCAACAAUAUCUUUUCUUCCAUA